AUGUCGGAAAUGUCUGUUGCCAAAUUGUCUCUUCGAAAUCUAGGAACGAUGAGCGAUAGGGACAUGGAGCAUUUGGCGCCCAUUAUUUCGAAGAAGUCGCGGCGUGUCAAAAAGAAAAAUUUGAAAAGGAAAAUACAGCACGAGUGGUCAGAGAACGAGGUUAUAAGCUUAAUCAAAGCUGUUAAACAACAACCAUCGAUCUGGAUGGACGGUGCAUUGCAGCAAAAAUUAAAUAGAUCAGACUGCUGGAACAGCAUUAUCGCUGCCCUUGCCAUAGACGGCGUCGACGUGAACGAGGCCAAAACAAAAUGGGCCUCGCUUCGCGUCACUUACAGGCUUAAUUUAAGCAAAAUGCAAAGCGCGGGCCUGGCUAAUACCAGCACUGUGGUCUGGCGUUAUUUCGAACUCAUGUCGUUCCUGGACCAAAAUAACGCGGAUCGAUCGCAUGCUUCGCGUAAAGAGCAUACCUCAAGCCCUGAAACGAAACCUUUUACGGAGACUCGACCGUCACGGGUUGUCGCUACGUCGAUUAAGAGGCGUCGGACACGCGGCAAUGCUAGCUACACAGCGUCCACUACAACGAUACCACUGGUGUCCACCACAGCAAGCACUUCACUGGGUGCAUUACCAUCGGCUGCGAUUGCGCCAGGCGUGACAACCCCAUUACCUUCUCCUACUGGCGCCUCACAAAGUCCGGCAAGAUCGUCAUCCAGUAAAUCAGCGUCUUUAUCAGCACCGGCAGCUGCCGCCUUGCAAGCUGUAGCCGCUGCUUUUCCAACUGCGGCAGGCGCAAACUCCAAUUCGGACGCAAACUCAGCAUUUUGCGAAUAUCUAUUGUCGGAAAUGCGAACAAUUUCCAGCGACCACGCGCGUUCUCUACGACACCAUCUCUCCCGUACGCUAUUGCAAUUUUUAGAAAAUGUUAAGGAAGCUGACCAAAUGUCGCAAUAGUCGUGA